AUGAAUACGACAACUGAAACAAUUGAUUUUAAAUAUUAUAUUAUAAAACGAUCAGCGCCAGAUAAUUUCGGUUUACAACUAAGACAAUUCUGUCAAUUAUUUCGGUUUUAUUCAAGUAUAAUUCUUGUCAUCGUUGGUAUGAUUGGCUCUAUGCUUUCAAUUAAAGUAUUUUCAUCAACGAAAAUUCGACGAAAUUCUUCUAAUGAAUAUCUCAUUACAAUGAGCUUUGUUGUGGCUUUACUAUUAUUUAAUUUCUUUUGUGACGAAGUCCUUCGAUGGAUUGUCCAUGAUUUUCAUAUCGAUUUACCAUUAAAUCUAGUCGAUUUAUCCAUGCCACUUUGUAAAUGCUCAACUUAUUUUCGUCACACAUUGCGUUUUGCUGCUCAUUGGAUUGUUGUUGCAUUUACAUUAGAACGUCUUAUUGUUGUAUAUUUUCCUUUACAAACAUCCGUUUUAUGCAAUCCACGUAGUGCUCGACGAAUAUGUUUAUUUAUAUUAAUAAUUUCAUUUUUAUUGCCAUUUUAUUCAUUUCUUAUGUCCGAUAUAAACAAUGAUGAAAAGCACAACGUAUUCGAAUGUGAUAUAAUGAAUAAAUUUAAAAAUAUUUAUUUCUAUUUAACAAUUAUAUAUGGAAAUUUAACAUUAACAUUUCCGAUCUUGAUUGUUUGUAUCGUUAAUAUAUUAAUUGUUCGGCAAUUAUUGCAUGCGGGACGUUUACGGAAAAAGCAGCAACAACAACAAUUAAGUCAAACAAAAAAAGUUGAUAGUGCAAAUAAUGAAUAUGUAAAUAUGAUUGUUAAAAAUCAACUAGAAAAUGAUAAAGUUACAUGGAUGCUUGUCGUUAUAUCAGUGACAUUUGGCAUAUUAAAUUUUCCAUAUUUUAUUUUUUGGCUAGUUGUUUGUAUUAGCCGUGUGCGUGGUAAAGUUCCAUCAGAUUAUGUCGAAUCAGGAAAAAUGAUUGCAGAAGUUUGUUAUCUACUCAAUUAUAGUUUAAAUUUUUUUCUUUAUGUUAUAUCGAGACGAAGUUUUCGUAAAGUUUUAAUUGAAAAAAUGCGUUGGCGUUGUGAUUGGUUUGAACAGUGGCGUCUAAAUGAAAUGCGUCUCGAUGCAGCAUUACGUUCGCAACAAAUACCCAGAUCAACAAGUUUAUUAAACGGCAAUGAAAAUUUGAACGCAUUAAAUAGAGAUGUGAAUAUGGCUGACAAUUGGUGUCGGAGACCUUCAAUUGAUAAUCCAGUUCUACGAUUGAAUUCAUUACCGCAUAAAUUAGUAAAUAAUCUGAACGCAAUUCAGUCCACACCUAUUGAUUUACCGUUAAUCGAACAAAAAGAAAUUCCAUUUUAUCUAGAUAAUUUAAUGAAUAUUGACUCGAAUAAUAAUGAUUCGAAAUCAAUUAUAAAAAGAAGUUCCUAUCGUAUUCCUAGUCCCACAAUUCUUUUACCCGGAGAAUUUGUCACAGCAUCAAAAACAAUUACAACUAGUAACACAACUAUGAAUAAAACUCAACGACCUACGCCAAUUGAUAGUAAUCGAAAUUUUUUGAUAUCUAAUCAACCAAAUUCAUUUCAUUUAAAUAUUCAUUCGAUGCGUAGUACAGAAGAAUUCAUAUCAAAUAAAAUGUCAACAUCAAGUAUUAAUAGUUUAAAUUUUAUACAAGAUUUACCGUCACCAAAACGUUCAUUAUCUAAUAUAACAAUUACUUCUCAAAAAUUAUCAACAUCUCAUUUCGAACCAUUUAUACUUCAUAAGAAAGCACACGAUAGUGUUUUGUCAGCUCAAAAAACCUUUUCUACAAAACAUUCGUCUACAAGAAACUCUCACGGUCCUAAUCCAACAAUAUCAUGUAUGCAAAAUUUGCCUAAUUGA